AUGGCACCUCGUUAUGGACAAUCUGAUGCCGUCUAUCUUCGUGACACAGUUACUUUGCCGGCAAAGCUUCUGUCUGCGAUACCUCGGUGUGCUCAGGACUGCGCCAUAUCAAGAGUCGGCUUGGAGUUCCCAUCCUCUGAAUGUGGAAAGUCCGAUGUAUCGGCAUGCCUUUGCUCGCAUUACAGCACAUCUGGUUUCACUCUUGGAGAGUUGGCACUCGGUUGCGUUAUUGAGAACUGCUCUUCGACCACUGCUGGAGCCGUAAAAUUGCAGGUCUUCAACAUCUGUUCAGGUUCUGCCAGUACAGUAUCGCCCACACAUCCGGUCUUGACUCUGACGCAGCUUGGUGGCGCUUCAACGAUAUCUCGAUCAAUUACAUCAGCAUCGUCUUCACAAAUCACACAAACAGCAGUUGCCUCCAUCAGACCAGAUACUCCCACAGUACCCACCUCAACAACUUUGACCAAUGCGUCUACGUCAUCUGCGCCAAUAUCAGCUGCAGAGUCGUUGCACAGUGCUGCUGCAACAUCGUCUGAAUCUCCCAAAGCUUUGACAACCGGUCAGACUGUCGGAAUUUCUGUCGCCUCGAUAGCAAUUGCUGCUCUCCUAUUCGGACUAUGCUUCUUCUGCUGUUGCUGCGUAAGGCGCCGAAAGAAGGAAGAGAAGAACAAGAAGGCCGGUAGUCCUACAAGAAAGUGGUUCAAGUCGAGCCACCGUCUCGAUUUUCAGGAUCAGGCAUCUCCCACAGGAUCGAGAUUUCCUUCCAAGAGUACAACCAGGCCAGCUACAUCUUCUCCAAAGGGUCCCGUUCGACCCCCGAGAUCCUUUCCAGCAAGUCCAAACAGGUCACCUCGCUCAUCUCUAAGCAGCUUCUCCAAGUCACCCGAAGUCAUCACACAGCGUCGCUUCAGACCAUCAUUCCGACCUCAACAGGAAUGGUGGCGAGAAACUUCCCGGCCAGAUAUCCGACAGGUUCCCGAUGGUCUCAAGUCUCAUAGAGCCAGCAUCUCCUCGCUAAAUCGUAGUGAGACGAGGUCCCCUAGGCUUCUCACUCCCAUCGCAAACAUCACAAUCAACCUGAAGACAGCGAGUAAACACCUUCGACCCGACAGCGCCGCCACUAGAUGGACGAUGUUCGAAGAAGACAGCAAAUCUCCAAUGAACAAAGAUGUGCUGCCAGAGCCUCCUGCAAUGCCCAAAGCCAGUUUUCCGUCGUCAAAUUGCCUGCCUCCAGGACCAAGCUUCACGUAUCAAUACACAACUUCACCCGAAGACAUGACCAGAUCUGGCCUUAUGCUCCAGAUCCAACGCAAGCCUUUGAAAUCGAACGAAGCUUCGGUACUAAACGGUAUCUCCUUGAACACGGGCAUCUCCAGGAUGGAUCAUCUAUCCAUGCCACCCAGCAGUGCAGCAAGCUAUCUCCCUGCCUACUAUACCAGCUCCGACAGCCGCACCCCUGUAGCCCCUAAAUGGAGUCCCAGCGACCACGAACGAUUCAGCCAUCCUGGCUUUGCGCCAUUACCUUUAAUGCCACGUGGUGUUCGCAGCUCAUGGGCUUCUGCCACGACAUUCGAGUCCGUCGACCCUGAUGAGACCACACCGGAGAAUGAGGUCGACAAACAACUUUCUCCAGUCUCGUAUCCCAAAGUUCCUCGUCCAUCCAACCAAGCCAUUCCUCGCUCUCCUCCAUCCACGACAUCGAGCCGCAAGGUCACACUCGCGGCAAAGAGACGCGGUGAGGAUCUAUCGUUGAAUCUGGGUGGUGGAUUGAUGAUCACCAAUAUCAGAGGAGUACCAGAGUCGCCGCUGCAACACUAUGGCAACAGAACUAAAAGAGGCACCAACAACACUCCUCAGAUGCAGUUGAAGAGUCCACUUUGGGAGCCUAAGCUCACACCUAGUAGAAGAGGAGAUGAUCUUUAUCUCUCCGUGGAGGUGAGAGGUCAUUGA